ACGGAAGUACAGCCAAAAAACACGAAGAUGCGGUGAAAGAGGCGACCUCACUCCCAUAAAUCUCACAUUUUCAACAUGUCCUGGGACUGUUCAGACGUGCCUGCUUCUGUCUCCUCCUGGGUCACGUUUCCGGAUCAGUUUAUCUAAGAGGGGUCCCGUGUGAGCGCAGUCAUGGCCACAGGAGAGCUCAGGGAGUCUGGGAGCCUCCCGGCCAUCGCCUCCCUGAACGCGUCCUACUCCACCUCCAUGUCUAUCCCGUCUCCGUACAUAUUUGUCCCUCCUUCAGAACGCAAGGCUAUCUCUGACGUUCGCCGCACCUUCUGCCUCUUUGUGACCUUUGACCUCCUCUUCAUCACCAUGCUGUGGAUUAUCGAGCUCAAUUAUUCGAACAGCAGCAUCUGGGACAGUUUGGACAAAGAGGUCGUACAUUACCAGUUUGAAACGUCCUUCUUUGACAUAGUUCUUCUCGCUCUGUUUCGCUUCCUGUGUCUGCAAAUGGGUUACGCCGCCUUCAAGCUCAGACACUGGUGGAUGAUUGCGGUGACUACUCUUGUAACCAGUGCCUUCCUCGUUGGUAAAGUGGUUAGAAUUUCUCAUGUCAUGUCCGAUAACGCGUUUGGCUACGUUCUGCCCAUCACCUCGUUCGUGCUGGCCUGGUUGGAGACCUGGUUUCUGGACUUUAAGGUUCUCACUCAGGAGGCCGACGAUGAACGAGCGUACUUGGCGGCAGUGAACGCGGCGUGCGAGCGAGCCCCGAUGAUUUACCCCAGGGCUGUUUCCGAGGGGCAGUUUUACUCCCCACCCGAGUCUCUGGCAGGCUCAGAGGAAAGUCUCGACGAGGAAGGACUGGGACGUCGGGCCGUUACAGCACAGGAGAAGGAGUUUGUGCGACAGGGACGAGAGGCCAUGUCUGUGGUGGAGCAGAUCCUCUCCCAGGAAGAAAACUGGAAAUUUGAAAAGAACAAUGACAUGGGCGACUCUGUGUACACUUUGGAGAUUCCCUUCCAUGGAAAGACUUUUAUUCUGAAGGCGUUCAUGCAGUGUUCAGCAGAGCUCGUUUACCAAGAGGUGAUUUUACAGCCAGAGAAGAUGGUUCACUGGAAUAAAACAGUCACAGCUUGUCAGAUAUUGCAAAGAGUGGACGACAACACUCUCAUAUCAUGGGAUGUGUCAGCCGGAGCAGCAGGGGGCGUUGUUUCUGCAAGGGACUUCAUUAACGUUCGUCGAAUCGAGCGUAAAAAGGAGUGUUAUCUGUCCGCUGGCAUGGCAACGGAGCAUGACGCCAAACCGCCGUGCGGCCGCUUCGUCAGAGGUGAGAAUGGUCCUGGUGGGUUUGUAGUCCUGAAGUCCAGCAGUAACCCGUCCGUCUGCACCUUCAUCUGGGUCCUCAACACCGACCUCAAGGGCCGACUCCCACGCUACCUCAUUCACCAGAGUUUAGCCGCCACCAUGUUUGAGUUCAUGAGCCAUUUACGCCAACGCAUCACAGAUAUCAGGGCAUCUGGACGCUCCCACCACCACCACCACCUCCACCCUUAACACCAGCACAGCUCCACCGCGGACCUGUGGCCUUUCACUACAAUUUAAUUUUCAUUAUUUGCCUGAACUUCAAAUAAUGGACCUGUUAAACUAUUAUUAUUUUUUUUUACAAAUAAAGAGAAGGACACGCUGCUGUAUCAAUGGAUUAUUUAAUCUUUCUUUCUAAAACAGCGGAACAUUUUUGGAUCUUACAAACUGAGACUUUUACACUUUAAAAUGAAGUUGGCCAUUUUGUGUCAGAAUGGACUCUCAAAACGAGCUGUUACAAAGACACUGAAGCAAUAUCAUGACUGAAACAUGUUUUGUGAA